AUGGUCUACACACAUACGGCCUGGAAGGUCUUCACCAGGUUAUACGCCGAAUUAAAAGAAGGACCAGCUGCGUGGCAAGAAUACGUAACGAACCUUGAACACCUCAUCCAGAUCACCAAACGGAUCUCGUACCUCUCCGAGCGAGCACAGCUCAGCGCCUCGGGACAGAUAGCUACGCUUGUGUGCGAGUCACGCAAUAUCGCAGAGAAGGCUCUUUACACCGUUGCGAAGGCAAACACAAAGAUUUUCGGUAUCCGUUGGUAUUCGAUUGGGAUAACAGAGAUCUUGAAUCGCGCUUUCGAGUCACUCAAGGCGAAGAGGGAGAUACUGCUGCUGGCACUAUCGCACGAGAACCUGGUCCAACUGGCUUCCAUCAGUAGAGGUUAUACUGAAAGGCAACGACAUCUGGAAGACGCCACAAUGGAUCAAAAUGCUGCGUCUAAGGAGGUAGCUCGCAUAGAGCCUACGCCUACGCUCGAAAUUGAGAUGACCUCCAAGCAGGUCGGCAACGGAUCUACCAUGGUAUCGAACAAUGGCUUGGGACACAUACUGGAGCGAAUAAACGGAUCAGUGAAGUUGAGCACGAGCUCUGUGGGUGACCGCGUAGUCGUCAACAGCAACAACGUCUAUAUGGAGCCGGAUGUUAUCAAGAAGCAACUAGAGAUUGCCGAGAUAUAUGCUCGAGAUCAUGCUGGAGCACAACAAAGAGAGAACUUUCCGAUAAGUGGGGUCAGGGCAAAGAGCGUUGAACCAAAACAAGACACCUUAGCGUUGGAAGCACCAUGA